UCGAACACAAAGCAAAUAAGCAAUCCACAACCCCACUAAUUCGCACAAGUCUGAAACUCAUUGACUUCACCAUCAAAAUUCAACCCAAAAACCCAGAAAUUAAUGGCAACAGUGAAGAGAAUCAAGCUUGGCUCACAAGGCCUAGAAGUGUCAGCUCAAGGGUUGGGAUGCAUGGGCAUGUCGUUCGUCUUUGGCCCUCCAAAACCUGAACCUGAAAUGAUCGCUCUGGUCCACCAUGCCAUCAACAGUGGCAUCACUUUUCUUGAUACUUCUGAUGUGUAUGGACCUCACACCAAUGAAAUCCUUCUUGGCAAGGCUUUGAAGGGAGGGGUGAGAGAAAGAGUUGAAUUGGCCACUAAAUUUGGUGCCCGCUUUGUGGAUGGCAUUGGCAAGAUGGAAAUAUGUGGCGAUCCGGCUUAUGUGAGGGCUGCCUGUGAGGGGAGCUUGAAGAGGCUAGAUGUUGAUUGUAUUGAUCUUUAUUACAUACAUCGGAUUGACACUCGAGUCCCCAUUGAAGUCACGAUGGGUGAACUCAAAAAACUAGUUGAAGAGGGCAAAAUAAAGUAUAUAGGUUUAUCUGAAGCGUGUGUUUCAACAAUUAGAAGAGCUCAUGCUGUUCAUCCGAUAACAGCCGUGCAACUAGAAUGGUCCUUAUGGUCACGAGAUGUAGAGGAAGACAUAGUUCCUACUUGCAGGGAACUUGGCAUUGGGAUUGUUGCAUACAGUCCUCUAGGACGAGGAUUCUUCUCUUCAGGGCCUAAGUUGCUUCAAAACAUUUCAAAGGAUGAUUAUAGACAGAACUUACCCAGGUUGCAACCUGAAAAUCUGGAGCAUAACAAAAAGUUGUUUGAGCGUGUUAAUGAAAUAGCUGAAAGGAAAGGAUGCACCACAGCACAGCUUGCGCUAGCCUGGGUUCAUCACCAAGGAGAUGAUGUUUGUCCAAUUCCUGGAACCACCAAGGUUGAGAACUUCAAUCAAAAUAUUAAAGCGUUGUCUGUGAAACUAACUCCUGAAGAUAUGGCUGAACUUGAAUCCAUUGCUUCGGCGGAUUCCGUAAAGGGCGAUAGAGAUAUGUAUAGCCAUGCUACUUACAAAAACUCUGAAACUCCGCCGUUGUCUUCAUGGGAAGCUUCUUAAAGUCAUGCAUCUUGUAGAUGUAGUGAAUGAAAAUUAGCAAUCAAUACUCUGUUUACUGCA